AUGGCAUUAAAAACAAGUAAAUUAUUUGUUUUUAUUUUUUCUUUUUUUUAUUUAUUUUUUAUAAAUAUAAAUUGUUCACCUUUAAAAAAUUAUUAUAUUUUUAAAUCUUAUAAUCAAACUGGAAAUAGAAUUGAUAUUGAAUUGGUUAACCCAUUACAACAAACAAAUAUAACAUCUAUUGAAAACUUUUAUUACCAAGAUGUAACCUCAAUUAUAAAUUCUUGUGUAUUCAAUUCUGGUUCCAUGUCAAUUGAUUUAACCCAGUUUAAAAAUAUUAUGUAUUAUGGAAAUUAUAAGAAUAAUAUUCAGUCUUUUGCAUUUGGUAUUUGUAGUGCGGUUCAUUAUUAUGGUUAUCAAUCGACAUAUUACCAAAUUUAUGUUAACCCCACAAAUGCGUACACUGAAACUUUUCAAAUAGGAAGAUAUGGAUUAGAUGAUUUUGCCUUAAUGUUAAAUUAUUCUCAAAGUCUUGGAAUAUCAUCUUCAAUUAAAUUUUAUUGUGAUUGGAAUACUGAUUUUGAUUAUGAUGUUAGUUUUGAAGAUAUUCAAGAUUAUUAUGUAAAAUCAAAUAUAAGAGUAUUUACAAAGAAGGUUUGUCAAAGUAUAAAUGUUGAAAGAAAAACUGUAGAUUUUAACUCAACAAAACCAAAUACAAUUUCAAUUUAUUUAAAUGCUAAUUCUUCAAAUGUUUUUUCAUUUAAUAAUGAUGUUGUAGUUGAAAAACUUAAUCUUGAACCUAUUGUUUAUAGUUUCAAAAAUGAUGAAGAUCAAGAUAAAAUCAUAAUUAAUGGUUUAUUUUUGAAAUCUAUUCAAUCUGAUUACAUGUUUAUAAUUGGUGAUAAAACAAUAUUAAAUUCAACAAAUGUUAUGUCAUUUAAUUCUUCAACUAUUAUAUUGUAUAUUAGGGGUUAUAUUGAUAAUGUAGUUUCAAUAAAUUUACAUGGAAAUAGAAGAGAGUUUAAAUUUUCAAAAAAACAAAUUAGUCUAUCACUUGUUAAAUCUGAGAAUUUAAAAUACACAUUUAAUUGUGAAAAUUGUGUUGGAUCAAAUUUCGUAGGAUUCUCAAGUAGUGAUGGUAACGAAAUUAAAUAUACUUCCUUUUCAUUAAAUGCUUCUAAUUGGGAAUACAAUGGCGAAAGAUAUAUUUAUUUUAAAUCACCAAUUUCACCAAAUGUUCAAUCAAAUAAAUUAUUAGUUCCAACUAAAUUAUUAAAUGUUAAUAUUAGUUUACAAUCAUUUGAUUUCUCUGGUGGUAUUAUUACAAUAAGUGGUUAUUUCAUAAAGAAUUUAAUUGGUGAAUUGAAAUUUUCAAAUGGUACAGUAAUUUCAAAUUUACCAUAUUCAGCAACCAAUGGUGUCGUUUUUGCCAAUGGCACAUUUACAAUCCCAGCUGGAUUUGGUGAAGGUAAUUUCUCAAUUUACAAUGAAAACAAAUCAAUAUACACAUAUUCAUUCAGUUACUUGGCACCAAAACAAUGGGUACAAUCAAUGAAUCAAGAUAAUCAAAAGAUUGAAUUGAUUUUAAAUUAUCCAUUCGGUAAAUUCUUUAAUAUUACCAAUAUUAAAUAUUCAACUGGAAGACCAACUGAUUAUAAAUUAAUUCAACCAAAUAUUGUUAAAUUUAAUUUAUAUCCAUAUUCAAUAAAUAAAUUAGCAUUCUUUUAUGCUUACAAUUCAUUAAAUGAAUAUUUAUAUGUUGAAACUUUAAAAAAUUUUUCCCCAGUUGUUUAUAAUAAUUCAAAUCCAAAUUCUUCAAUUUAA